CAGGUGACGCAGGAGUGGGGACAGCCCAGCUGCCACCAUGGUUGCCCUCUCGCUGAAGAUCAGCAUUGGCAAUGUGGUGAAGACGAUGCAGUUCGAGCCUUCCACCAUGGUGUACGACGCCUGCCGGAUGAUCCGGGAGCGGGUGCCCGAGGCACAGAUGGGACAGCCCAAUGAUUUUGGGCUGUUCCUCUCGGAUGAAGACCCAAAGAAAGGGAUCUGGCUGGAGGCUGGGAAGGCUCUGGACUACUACAUGCUUCGCAAUGGGGACACCAUGGAGUACAAGAAGAAGCAGAGGCCCCUGAAGAUCCGUAUGCUGGAUGGGACAGUGAAAACGGUGAUGGUGGAUGACUCCAAAACCGUAACAGACAUGCUCAUGACAAUCUGUGCCAGGAUCGGCAUCACCAACUACGAUGAGUACUCACUUGUUCGGGAGAUUAUGGAAGAGAAGAAGGAGGAGGUUACUGGCACCCUCAAGAAGGACAAAACCUUGCUGCGAGAUGAGAAGAAGAUGGAGAAGCUCAAACAGAAGCUACACACAGAUGAUGAGUUGAAUUGGCUGGACCACGGCCGGACCCUGCGCGAACAAGGCAUCGAUGACAACGAGACGCUGCUGCUGCGGCGCAAGUUCUUCUACUCUGACCAGAACGUGGAUUCACGAGAUCCUGUGCAGCUCAACCUGCUCUACGUGCAGGCUCGUGAUGACAUCCUUAAUGGUUCCCACCCUGUCUCCUUUGACAAAGCCUGCGAGUUUGCUGGCUACCAGUGCCAGAUCCAGUUCGGGCCACACAAUGAACAGAAGCACAAGCAGGGUUUUCUGGAACUGAAGGAUUUCCUGCCCAAGGAGUAUAUCAAGCAGAAAGGGGAGCGCAAAAUCUUCAUGGCCCACAAGAACUGUGGGAACAUGAGCGAGAUUGAGGCCAAAGUUCGCUAUGUGAAACUUGCCCGUUCCCUCAAGACCUAUGGGGUCUCCUUCUUCCUGGUCAAGGAGAAGAUGAAGGGGAAGAACAAGCUGGUGCCGCGGCUGCUGGGGAUCACCAAGGAGUGUGUGAUGCGUGUGGAUGAGAAGACCAAAGAAGUGAUUCAGGAGUGGAGUCUGACCAACAUCAAGCGUUGGGCAGCCUCACCUAAGAGUUUCACCCUGGAUUUUGGAGAUUACCAGGAUGGUUACUACUCUGUGCAGACGACAGAGGGGGAGCAGAUUGCACAGCUGAUUGCUGGCUACAUUGACAUCAUCCUCAAAAAGAAAAAGAGCAAAGACCACUUUGGAUUGGAGGGGGAUGAGGAGUCCACCAUGCUGGAAGACGCGGUGUCUCCAAAGAAGCCGACAAUCUUGCAGCAGCAGUUUAACUGUGUGGGCAAGGCAGAGCUGGGCUCGGUGGCCCUGCCAGCCAUCAUGCGCACGGGGGCUGGAGGGCCUGAAAACUUCCAGGUGGGCACGAUGCCUCAGCCCCAGCUGCAAGUCACCAGUGGCCAGAUGCACCGAGGGCACAUGCCUCCCCUGACUUCAGCCCAGCAAGCCCUGACUGGCACCAUCAACUCGAGCAUGCAGGCUGUGCAUGCAGCCCAGGCCACACUGGAUGACUUCGAGACCUUGCCACCCCUGGGACAGGAUGCUGCAUCCAAAGCUUGGCGCAAAAACAAGAUGGACGAGUCAAAGCAUGAGAUCCACUCCCAAGUGGAUGCUAUCACUGCUGGCACAGCCUCAGUGGUCAACCUCACUGCAGGGGAUCCAGCAGACACAGACUACACCGCCGUGGGCUGUGCUGUCACCACCAUCUCUUCCAACCUGACGGAGAUGUCCAAGGGUGUCAAACUCCUGGCUGCACUGAUGGAGGAUGAGGGAGGGAACGGGCGGCAGCUUCUGCAGGCAGCCAAGAACCUGGCAAGCGCCGUCUCGGACCUGCUGAAAACAGCACAGCCUGCCAGCGCUGAGCCUCGCCAGAAUCUCCUGCAGGCUGCUGGCCUCGUGGGCCAGACCAGUGGGGAGCUGCUGCAGCAGAUCGGGGAGAGUGACACCGACCCGCGGUUCCAGGAUAUGCUGCUCCAGGUGUCGGAGGCGUGGGCCGGCCCUGCUGCCGCGCUGGUGCUCAAAGCCAAGAACGUGGCACAGAAGACGGAGGACUCGGCGCUGCAGACGCAGGUGAUCGCUGCGGCCACCCAGUGCGCCCUCUCCACCUCGCAGCUGGUGGCCUGCACCAAGGUAGUGGCUCCUACAAUCAGCUCCCCAGUCUGCCAGGAGCAGCUGAUCGAGGCUGGCAAGUUGGUAGCCAAGUCAGCAGAAGGCUGUGUGGAGGCCUCCAAGGCAGCCACCAAUGAUGACCAGCUCCUGAAGCAGGUAGGGGUGGCAGCCACGGCUGUCACCCAGGCCCUGAACGACCUGCUGCAGCACAUCAAGCAGCACGCCUUGGGCGGGCAGCCCAUCGGGCGCUACGACCAGGCCACCGACACCAUCCUCAAUGUCACCGAGAACAUAUUCAGCUCUAUGGGCGAUGCUGGGGAAAUGGUGCGGCAGGCUCGUAUUCUGGCCCAGGCCACCUCCGACCUUGUCAAUGCCAUCAAAGCUGAUGCAGAGGGAGAGACAGACCUGGAGAACUCCCGCAAGCUGCUGAGUGCAGCCAAGAUCCUGGCUGAUGCCACUGCCAAGAUGGUGGAGGCUGCAAAGGGAGCUGCAGCCCACCCGGACAGCGAGGAGCAGCAGCAGCGGCUGCGCGAGGCAGCGGAGGGGCUCCGCAUGGCCACCAACGCCGCAGCCCAGAAUGCCAUCAAGAAGAAGCUUGUGCACAAGCUGGAGCACGCAGCCAAGCAAGCAGCUGCCUCCGCUACGCAGACCAUUGCAGCCGCGCAGCACGCUGCCUCCUCCAACAAGAACCCUGCUGCACAGCAGCAGCUGGUGCAGAGCUGCAAGGUGGUGGCAGACCAGAUCCCAAUGCUGGUGCAGGGUGUACGAGGAAGCCAGUCCCAGCCGGACAGCCCCAGCGCCCAGCUGGCUCUCAUUGCUGCCAGCCAGAACUUCCUGCAGCCUGGUGGAAAGAUGGUAGCUGCAGCCAAGGCCACUGUCCCCACCAUCACAGACCAAGCCUCUGCCAUGCAACUCAGCCAGUGUGCCAAGAACUUGGCUGCAGCUCUGGCUGAGCUCCGCACAGCUGCCCAGAAGGCUCAGGAGGCAUGUGGACCCUUGGAGAUAGACUCUGCGCUGGGUCUGGUGCAAAGCCUGGAGAGGGACUUGCAGGAAGCCAAGGCAGCAGCCCGUGAUGGCAAGCUCAAGCCUCUGCCAGGAGAGACGAUGGAGAAGUGUGCCCAAGACCUGGGGAACAGCACAAAAGCCAUCAGUUCUGCCAUCGCUCACCUCCUGGGGGAGGUAGCCCAGGGCAAUGAGAACUACACAGGCGUCAACUGCCUGCCGGGACAACGGGAUGUGGAUGCUGCCAUCCGCAUGGUGGGAGAGGCCAGCAAGAGGCUGCUGGCAGAUUCGUUCCCUCCCAGCACCAAGAGCUUCCAGGAGGCGCAGAGCCAGCUGAACCGGGCGGCUGCAGGGCUGAACCAGUCAGCCAAGGAGCUGGUGCAGGCAUCGCGUGGCACCCCUCAAGACCUGGCCAAGUCCUCUGGCAAAUUUGGGCAGGACUUCAAUGAGUUCUUGCAGGCGGGAGUGGAGAUGGCCAGCCAGUCCCCGAGUAAGGAAGACCAGGCGCAGGUGGUGUCGAACUUGAAGAGCAUCUCCAUGUCCUCCAGCAAGCUGUUGCUGGCUGCAAAGGCGCUGUCCGCCGACCCUGCAGCCCCCAACCUCAAGAAUCAGCUGGCAGCAGCAGCACGGGCCGUGACCGACAGCAUUAACCAGCUGAUCACCAUGUGCACCCAGCAGGCACCAGGCCAGAAGGAGUGCGACAACGCCCUGCGUGAGCUGGAGACGGUGAAGGAACUGUUAGAGAACCCCACCCAGACCGUCAAUGAUAUGUCCUACUUCAACUGCCUUGACAGUGUUAUGGAGAACUCCAAGGUGCUGGGAGAGUCCAUGGCUGGCAUCUCCCAGAAUGCCAAGAACAGCAAACUGCCCGAGUUUGGUGACUCCAUCAGUGCUGCCUCCAAAGCUCUGUGCGGGCUGACAGAAGCAGCUGCACAGGCUGCCUACCUUGUGGGUGUCUCGGACCCCAACAGCCAGGCUGGACAGCAGGGCUUGGUAGACCCCACUCAGUUUGCCAGAGCUAACCAAGCUAUCCAGAUGGCCUGCCAGAACCUGGUGGACCCUGCUUGCACCCAGUCCCAGGUGCUGUCAGCAGCCACCAUCGUAGCGAAGCACACCUCGGCCCUGUGCAACACCUGCCGCCUGGCCUCCUCCCGCACCGCCAACCCUGUGGCCAAGCGCCAGUUUGUCCAGUCAGCCAAGGAGGUGGCCAACAGCACGGCCAACCUGGUGAAGACCAUCAAGGCGCUGGAUGGUGACUUCAACGAGGAGAACCGGGAGCGGUGCCGCGCUGCCACCGCCCCUCUCAUAGAGGCUGUGGAUAACCUGACAGCUUUUGCCUCCAACCCAGAGUUUGCCACUGUUCCUGCCCAGAUCAGCCCAGAGGGCCGCAGAGCCAUGGAGCCCAUUGUCUCUUCAGCCAAGACCAUGCUGGAGAGCUCUGCUGGCCUCAUCCAGACCGCCCGCUCCCUGGCCGUCAACCCCAAGGACCCGCCGCAGUGGUCGGUGCUGGCUGGACACUCUCGCACCGUCUCGGACUCCAUCAAGAAGCUGAUCACCAACAUGAGGGACAAAGCUCCAGGACAGCGGGAGUGUGAUGAAGCCAUCGAAGUCCUGAACAGAUGCAUGCGGGAGGUGGACCAGGCCUCCCUUGCUGCCAUCAGCCAGCAGCUGGCCCCCCGAGAAGACAUCUCCCAGGAGGCUUUGCACAACCAGAUGAUCACAGCUGUCCAGGAGAUCAGCAACCUGAUCGAGCCUGUGGCCAGCGCGGCACGGGCCGAGGCCUCGCAGCUGGGGCACAAGGUGUCCCAGAUGGCACAGUACUUUGAGCCGCUCAUUAUGGCGGCGGGAGCUGCCUCCAAAACACCCAACCACCAGCAGCAGAUGAACCUCCUGGACCAGACCAAAACGCUGGCUGAGUCUGCCUUGCAGAUGCUGUAUACAGCCAAGGAGGCUGGUGGGAACCCCAAGCAAGCUGCCCACACCCAGGAAGCUCUGGAGGAGGCUGUGCAGAUGAUGAAGGAAGCAGUGGAGGACCUGACCACCACCCUGAAUGAGGCAGCCAGCGCUGCAGGUGUUGUCGGGGGCAUGGUGGACUCCAUCACCCAGGCCAUCAACCAGCUGGAUGAGGGACCAAUGGGCGAGCCAGAGGGCAGCUUUGUGGACUACCAGACCACCAUGGUGAAGACAGCCAAGGCCAUUGCAGUGACUGUGCAGGAGAUGGUCACUAAAUCCACCACCAACCCAGACGAGCUGGGCAUACUGGCCAACCAGCUCACCAACGACUAUGGGCAGCUGGCACAAGAGGCCAAGCUGGCUGCCCUCACUGCUGAGAAUGAGGAGAUUGGCUCCCACAUCAAGCGCCGGGUGCAGGAGCUGGGUCACGGCUGUGCCGCCCUGGUCACCAAGGCUGGAGCCCUGCAGUGCAGCCCCAGCGAUGCCUACACCAAGAAGGAGCUGAUAGAGAGUGCACGCAAGGUUUCUGAGAAGGUGUCUCACGUGCUGGCAGCUCUUCAGGCUGGGAACCGUGGGACACAAGCCUGCAUCACAGCAGCCAGUGCUGUCUCUGGCAUCAUUGCUGACCUCGACACCACCAUCAUGUUUGCCACGGCAGGAACCCUCAACCGGGAGAACUCUGAGACCUUUGCAGACCACAGAGAGGGCAUCUUGAAGACUGCCAAGGCACUGGUGGAGGACACCAAGGUGUUAGUGCAGAAUGCCACAGCCAGCCAGGAGAAGCUAGCCCAGGCUGCCCAGUCCUCUGUGUCCACCAUCACCCGCCUGGCAGAGGUGGUGAAGCUGGGUGCUGCCAGCCUGGGAUCUGAAGACCCAGAGACUCAGGUGGUCCUGAUCAAUGCUGUGAAGGAUGUGGCCAAGGCACUUGGAGACCUGAUUGGUGCCACCAAGGCAGCUGCUGGCAAAGCUGGGGAUGACCCUGCUGUCUACCAGCUGAAGAACUCUGCCAAGGUGAUGGUGACAAAUGUCACUUCCUUGCUGAAGACAGUGAAGGCUGUUGAGGACGAGGCCACGAAGGGGACGCGGGCGCUGGAGGCCACCAUAGAGCACAUACGCCAAGAGCUGGCAGUCUUCUCCUCCCCAGUGCCACCUGCCAAGGUCUCCACCCCAGAGGACUUCAUCCGUAUGACGAAGGGCAUCACGAUGGCCACAGCCAAGGCGGUGGCCGCCGGCAACUCGUGUCGGCAGGAGGAUGUCAUUGCCACGGCCAACCUGAGCCGCCGUGCCAUCGCUGACAUGCUGCGUGCCUGCAAGGAAGCUGCCUACCACCCAGAGGUGAGCGGGGACGUGCGGCAGCGGGCGCUGCGCUUUGGCAAGGAGUGUGCCGGUGGCUACCUGGAGCUGCUGGAGCAUGUGCUGGUGAUCCUGCAGAAACCAACUCACGAGCUGAAGCAGCAGCUAGCAGGCUACUCCAAGCGCGUGGCCAGCUCUGUCACUGAGCUCAUCCAGGCAGCCGAGGCCAUGAAAGGGACGGAGUGGGUUGACCCAGAAGACCCCACCGUCAUCGCUGAGAACGAGCUGCUGGGGGCAGCGGCUUAGGCUGCUGCCAGGAAGCUGGAGCAGCUGAAACCAAGAGCCAAGCCCAAGCAAGCAGAUGAGAGCCUGAAUUUCGAGGAGCAGAUCCUGGAAGCUGCCAAAUCCAUUGCUGCAGCCACCAGUGCCCUGGUGAAGGCAGCCUCAGCAGCCCAGCGAGAAUUAGUGGCCCAAGGAAAGGUGGGCGCCAUCCCCGCCAAUGCAGUGGAUGAUGGACAGUGGUCCCAGGGACUCAUUUCAGCUGCACGCAUGGUGGCUGCUGCCACCAACAACCUGUGCGAAGCCGCCAAUGCAGCAGUGCAGGGCCACGCCAGCGAGGAGAAGCUCAUCUCAUCUGCCAAGCAGGUGGCUGCCUCCACAGCACAGCUCCUGGUGGCCUGCAAGGUGAAGGCUGACCACGACUCAGAAGCCAUGAAGCGGCUCCAGGCUGCUGGCAAUGCGGUGAAGAGAGCGUCAGACAAUCUGGUGAAGGCAGCACAGAAGGCAGCUGCCUUCCAGGACCACGAUGAGACCGUGGUGGUGAAGGAGAAGAUGGUCGGGGGGAUUGCACAGAUCAUCGCCGCCCAGGAGGAGAUGCUGCGCAAGGAGCGGGAGCUGGAGGAGGCGCGGAAGAAGCUGGCCAUGAUCCGGCAGCAGCAGUACAAGUUCCUGCCCUCGGAGCUGCGGGAUGAGGAGCAGAACUGAGCCUCAUGCUCUCCCGCCGCUCACUGCACAGACUGCUGCCCGCCCGCUCCUAUUUAAGAUGACCCGGCUGAAACAAAGGGCUGCCUGGGCUAGGCCAGAGCUCUGCCCGCACCCAGAGCGCCGGGACUAACCCAGUUGCUGCUCCAAGCCGGUGCCGCACCAGCAGCUCCGCUUUGCCGCCCAGCCCACCUGCCCUUGUGCACC